AUGCUUCAUAACCAUGUGCAGAACUCGGUGGCUCGACUCCCACAUCACCUACAGACCUCGAUACAGUCGCCCAAUGCAGCAUCCGAACAAGAUCAUGGCACUGCGACGAUCAUCACAAGCCCCCUCACGAACAAUGGCCUCCCUCCCCACGUUCGAGAUCACUCAGUCCCCCGAGGCCGGCCUCCCAUAAACACGUCGGCCAGCUACAACAUUCCGAGAGAGACUCGUGCCCCGUCCGCUCAGGGACACUAUCCUGCGGAGUCCUAUAGCACCACUGAGUCUGGUCUGAGGCGGCAAUUGUCCAACAGUUAUGGGCACCACCGUCAGACUUCUGUCAUCCAUGGUGUUCAGCAUUCAAGGAAUACGAGCUUCAACUCUCCUCAGACAUCAAGCCCACUGAGCCCAGAGUCGCUGCUCCACGCGACCUCCAAUAAUCGUGCACUGCCAACUGCUCGUCGCAUUGCCGCGGCUGCAGACUCCCCACAAGCAAUAUCCGGUAUACAAUCGCCUUCGUCUGCGCAUGCUGCAAGAAGCUCGCAGGACGAUCCGACCAUGGCCACCGAUGGCGUGGUCCGAAAGCGAGGGCCGCUUCGACGCAGAGUCAACGGCCAGUCAUUGUCCUCCGUCCAGCCAUCGGAGCCCCGCACACCUGCCGAGUACGCGCUACACCAUCUCUUCCAUUCUUUCGUUGUUCGAGCCGAUGCAAAGAUAAAUCAAUGUUUAGCCACCAUCGACACUGUGGCCACGCCUGUUGAGCAGUGCUGUGCUGCAGGCGUGGAUCCCUCUUUCGACCAGCUGAUCACAUCGCUCGGGCACAUCACUCGCCAGAAUCCCAAGCCUCUGGUCGAUAGUCUGAUGCUAUGGAGGAAAGCCAAGGGAGAUGCCGCCAACAAUGUCAAGCGUCAAUUACGUGCUCAACCUAGCAACCUCGCUGUGCCACCAUGCUUCCCAGGCGACAUACUGAGGGUGGGCAUCCCGGAGACAUCGACCAACCACUGCCAAACGGGCUCGACUCUAUCAGUAUACCUCUUGUCUCGCGUGCUUAUCGCCAUAUUUGAGCAGGGCACCCUGGUCGCCAUCACGCCUGAUCUUGCCCACAAACUUGAGGAUAUCGUGUUCUGCCAAUUGCGUGACAUGGACUCCAACCAGCUAUUGAACUCUCCGCUGAGGCUUGCGAACUGGCGGAUUUUCGGUCAAGUCUUGGGAUGUAUGAGCCGUCUGGAUUUCGGAAGUGUCACACAACGUUACGUCAACCAACUGGACCUUCUACAGAGCAAUGUCACUCGGAGUACAGGUACGCUGGCGGCACGGGACCUGGAAUCACGCAUUGAGCUGUUACUUCUGGCCAUGAGGAAUCUGCACAUUCCUAUCACGCAAGAGCAUGCUCGAAACACUUGCGACUUCCUCACAGUCCUCGGUAAUCUCUUCGCUGACGCUCAUGGUCCGAGGAUCAAGCAGGCCUACUGCCAAUUGCUGGAAAGAUUGCUCAUACCAGUGGCAGCGAAUCCGGAGAGCUUUUCAACCAAUGUUCCUUGGACCGACUUUGUAAACACUGUCAAUUCUAGGCUCGGCAAUAUGCUAUCAAAGGUUCGUCAUUGGAACAGCGGCUUUCCUCUAUCGAUAUUGUUGACUUGCAUUUCACCUGUGGAGUCUUUCAUGACUCAAUGGCCAGCAUUGGUAGCCAAUCUGGCUGGCAAACUUAGGGACAAAACCACUCGUGCUGCAGCAAUGCAAGCACUGUGUCAACUCACCUGGACCUAUCUCGCUCGCGUGAACGACUCUACUCAAGCUCGAGCACGUCGGGUGGACGAAAUGAUAAAGAUUGCCUUUCCGAGUGGGCGGAAGAGUCACAUCACCACGGAGCCAGGCACCUCUGAUGCGCUUGUUCAACUUAUUCGGAUCUUGGGAUAUGCGUUUCAGGACGUUUGCUUUCGUCAGAUUGUCUUUCCACUGGCCAGUAUUGACCUCGUCCAGUCUGCCAGAGAUCUGAGGAUUGAGAACCUGGAGCCUGAAAAGAUCGCGGUCAGCAUACGCGGAUUCCUCGCGAUCAUGGCAGAUGCAGAGAAUAACAACGUUUCUCGACCACCAUUUCCUGUGUUCAGCUAUAUCGCAUACCCUGUCGAAGGCAUUCCAAUAUCGCCACUCAGCACGAAGCCGGAGUUCUUUCUUGAUGCUUCGCGGCGUCCAUUCAUGGCUGACGACAAGCCUUCAUCGGCUCUUGUUAAUGUGGCGACACUGGACGAAAGCACUCGGAAUUACUACUACCAGUUUUGCGAAAUUGUUGGAAAAAUCACGAUAGUCUGCGAUAACACCUUUGGAGGUCAAGCAUCGCUAAACGAGAAAUUCUCUGUAUUGACUCCGAAGACGCCAAUAUCGGAAGCUUUCAGCCUUGCUCGUCGGGAAGAUGGGGUGCCAGAUCAGAGACAGCCAUAUCUCGAACUCUUACACGUUGCGAUGCAGGCACUCCCACGGUGUAUGAGCGAAUCCAUUCCACACAGCAACCUCAUCAAUUUGCUCUGUACGGGCUCUGCUCACGUAGAGCCAGUGAUCGCUGCCUGUGCUGCUGGCUCACUGAAGGCCAUCGCAAAACAGGGUCAUGCUCAAGCUGUGGCGAUUGCUUUCCCACGCUUCAUUUUCAACUAUGAUCAGCAGUAUUCUACGAUGUCCGAUGAGGGACGCCUAGGCCCCGCUCACAUUGAAUCCACACUCGCGCUCUAUCUGGAGCUACUCAACAUAUGGAUGGACCACGUCAGACAGAAAGCCAAAGACUCGGCCGGUGCUCGUGCCAUACAGAUGGAGAUGACGAACGUCAUAACCCUUGUGGACGAGAUCGAAGCGUAUGGAUUCUUCUUUCUGUGUUCCCAAUCAAGACGUGUCCGCGCAUACGCAAUCCGUGUUCUACGUCUAGUGCUGCAAUUCGACGCAGCCCUUGGGAAAGAAGAGCAGGCGCGUAUCAUCAACAUUCUCGAGCAGUAUUCGUCGCAGAUUCUGACUAUUCCAGACGACAUGCUCAGCGUUGCGGAACGCAGCAGAUUGCAGAAAGACAAGCAUCAGCGAACGGGCCAGAACAUACUGAUGGAGCUUUGCAGUUCUGAGGUCACAUACGACGUGAUGCUGUGGUUCAAAGCAUUUCCCAGUCUGGUCCGGCAUGUCUUUGAACACUCCGAUGUUGAGGCCAUCGCAAGACUGAAUCCACAUGCGACGAACAUGCAGGACAUUCGCUCUCAAGGACGAAGCUCAAAUACCCCUGGAGAAGUCCUUAUCGAUCAAUGGAAACUCUAUCUCAUCAUGGCAUGUGUCACACUAAGCUCGUCGGGAGCUCAGUCUCAAAGUCAGCUCGCAAACGUCGUACAUGGUCGAAAGACAUCCAAGGGCUCUAGUGUCGCCCAGGAGAAGCUCGGGUCGGCACGUGCGCUUUUCUCUGCUGUCAUACCAAUGCUCGCAGUUGGCCCCGAAGCCAUUCGAAGUUCAGUCGUGACAGCGUUAGGCUCCAUCAACCGCAAGCUGUAUCGCACUCUGUUGGAAUCUUUGCAGUACGCUGUGAUCACGUGCAACGAUGAAGCGAAGGCGAGAAUCAAUGCCCAUCAUCGAACACCUAGCAGUCCACAGCGCUCACAGAUGACGGAGCGCCUGCGGACGGAAGUCACACAUGUCUACAAGCUGACGGCAACCUUCUUGCGACACGAAGAUGUCUACAACGACGAUUGGAUUCUGCAUAAUUUGGUGACAUAUGCGAAGGACCUCCGCAUCUAUCUGAGCGAUACCGAUAUACAGAAUGAUUGGAAGUUCCACAAGCUCCGUCUGCACUACUGCGGACUGGUCGAAGAGACCUUCGAAGCCAUCAGGCGGACCGAAAAUUAUUCUCGAUGGAUGCCUUUUGAGGCUCGCAAAUCCGCCUUCGCACUAAUGGAGGACUGGUGCGGCUUCUCGCCCGAUCCUGUGCCGCGUAACGGGCUGCUAGACUCAGCGGGCCACAGUGCUGCACGAGAGAAUUUUGAGAGGGUCAAUCCAAAUGCUGCAGUCGAAAAGGAGAAAAGUAGCCUUCGAGUUGCUGCAUUGGCUGCGAUGGCUGCGCUCUGUGCAGGCCCUGUCAGCGUUAAGACGGAGACCAACGCGAUUCUGUCAUUCAACCUGCCUCGAAUGCUAUCCUGGAUUGAUGCCAUCUUCGAUACGCAGAAUGACAAAAUGCACGCCAUUGGUCGCAGAGCUCUACGACUGUUGUUGCUGAACAAUCCAGAGCAUUCUCGCUUCGUCGAGCACGCCAUAGAAAGCUGCUAUCGCACCGACAACCAGAAAAGCCUCAGCAGCUAUUUCGAAGUCGUCGCAGAAGUGCUAAUAGAGCAACCGACGUACCCAGUGGAGUUCUGGAGAGUCCUGGGUACGGUUGUCUUCACACUGGGCAGCGAAAGCCGUGAGCUGAGAAUGAAGUCUGCUCGCUUGCUGAGAACUCUUGAUGAGCGGCAAGCAACGAGCUCGAACUUGCAGGAAUUCGAUAUCAGCAUUUCUGACAAGACUCGAGCUGUGUAUAAGCUGGCCCAGUUUGAAUACUCUCGACGUCUAGCAUCGGCGCAUCCUCAUCUGGCUUUCUUAAUCUUCUCCGAAUUCUCGUUGCACUACAAGACCGCCCAGACUGACCAUCAGCGCAACAUCGUUGCUUCUAUACUUCCUUGGCUUCAGACGCUGGAGCUACAGGUUGACCCGAACACUGGUGGACCAACGGCAGUCUCGUACAUGCUGCUUGUGAACAUGUUUGAAAUCACAAUAUGCUCCGGCACGCCGAUGCACAACGAAGUUCAGGCAUUGUGGCAGGCUCUUGCGACUGGUCCGCAUGCCGGAAAUGUACAGCUCAUUCUGGACUUCAUCAUCUACCUCUCUCUCGAGCGGCGAGAGCAGAACUUCGUCGAAUAUGCGAAGCAGAUUGUGGUGUAUCUGUCCACUACACCGGCCGGGUCGCGAGUGCUAGAGUUCUUCCUUUUGCAACUCACGCCGAAGAACAUGGUCAACGACAAAAAGAAGACAGAAAAUAUCGUUCCCGAAACUGCACACCUACCCUAUGUGGCAGAUAUGGAGAACAUGCUGCCUACGGGCAACAAGCAGUCCGGCCUCUCACUUGGACAAGUGUCGUUGAUUUUCCUUGUGGAUCUGAUGGUACCGCCUGUCAAGUUGACCCGCGAUCAAGCUGUCCGAGUUCUACAUGCCGUCUUUGUCCUUUGGGAUCACUACACUCCGACUGUGCAGGAACAAGCACGUGAAAUGUUGGUACAUCAACUGCAUGAACUUGUUGUGACGAAGUCUGAUCCGGCAGCCCUAGCCCCUUUGAGGGAUCAAAUCGAGCAGGUCGUUGAUUCGGUCAGGAAGAAUGAGCCGCACAUUUCAUGGUCAUAUGAGUCUCAUACUGGCAAGGUCGAGGACGAUGGAGGCAAUCGUGUACCAUCACAGAUGCUUUACCUCGCCAAGAGGGUGGUUGAGAUGUUCAGUCUGACCUACGAUCAGUUCAGUGAUUGCUGGGCAAAGGAGGCGCUACACUGGGCGUCGAUUUGCCCCGUUCGACAUUUAGCGUGUCGGUCCUUUCAGGUCUUUCGAUGCAUAUCUGUCACGCUUGACUCUCGGAUGCUUGCAGAUAUGCUUGCUCGGCUUUCUAACACCAUUGCCGACGAGCAGUCAGAUUACCAGACUUUUUCGCUCGAGAUCCUGACAACUUUGAAAGUCAUAAUCGGAGCCCUAGAGCCGAGUCAUUUGCUCCGAUACCCUCAAUUGUUCUGGACAACAUGUGCCUGUUUGAGUACAAUACAUGAGAGAGAGUUCUACGAAACUCUAGGAAUGCUGGAGAAGUUGCUCGAUAAAGUGAAUCUUACGGACCCUACAUCGGCCGAAGUCAUACUCAAAGCACAACCAACAAAAUGGGAGGGGACCUUCGAAGGUCUACAAGGCCUGCUGUACAAAGGCCUGAAAUCUGCGGACAGCUUCGGUCGAACACUGUCACUUAUUGCGAAGCUCUCUGAUCUUGAGGACUGUGAACUCGUCGGCAAUGGUGAUCGGCUCCUUUUUGGCAUUCUAGCGAACUUCCCGCGAAUGCUGCAAGAUCUCGACGUCGAUGUUCUGUCGCGGACGGCACAAGGGACUGCACAGCAACUUGCUGGCAUCGCUCAAAACAAGGGCCUCGACAAGAUUUAUGCACCUCUCAGUCGCUUUGCUGCUCAGCAGUACGAGUAUGCACAGAACUUUCUCGAUGACAUGGUUGAUGGACUGAGCGCGACCUACUUUCCAAAGUUCGAUGCUGAGAGCCUCAUAUUCAUGCUUGGGCUUCUUACGAACCGGACACCAUGGCUACGAGUCAAGGUAAUGGACAUUCUCUGCGUGCUCAUUCCGCUAGUCGACAUGAAAGACUCUGCCAUCACGAGCCAUGGUCCUGAUCUGAUAUCCCCACUUCUGCGGCUCCUUCAGACGGAACACUCGCAGCAGGCACUGCAAGUCAUGGAUCAUAUUAUGGAAGUGUCUGGCAAUCCUAUGGAGAAGCAUCAUCUCAGAAUGAGCAUGGCCUCCGGCUCUGCUCGUGCGAUACGGAAGCAAUACGAAGCCGUCAAAAGCUUGUAUGGCAUACCGCAGUCUUCGGGCUGGUCGAUUCCCAUGCCUGCUGUCUACUCCAGCAUGACUCGCAACAACGUCCACGCCGUGUUCUACACGUGCGGUGACAGUGAGGCCAUGAGAGAGAAGGAAGACAAGACACCUGACGUUGAAUUCCACCAAGAUGAGGAGUACGCAGACUCAUACUUCCCUCCGCAAAGCCGAGCGGACACGAUGCGCUCAAUGGAGACGAGUACCGACGCGAACGUGUCCGACCUGGUCAAUACCUUGGACAGCUUGGACGACUUCUUCGACGACAUUGAGGGUGAUACUGUCAACACACCUACAGGCACAUCACACUCAAGCUUCGUUGCAGUCGAUAUGCAUGAACACAACGCUGAAGUCUACGACGAGCAGGUCGCGCCUAUCUUGCAUCGGUCACUAAAUCGAGCGCCCUCCUCUGCAUCCCUCCACAAUGGACUUGCGGACUCAAAUGCAUCGCUCGGCGGCCACUGGCGUGCACAGCCCAGCCUCUCGUCCCUGGCCGGCUCCCUGCAAACGUCGUUCUCUUCAAUUGACGAGAUCAGUGGCAGCAGCUUCGACGGUCCCGGACCAUCCCUGCCAACAUCCUCAGCGAGCAAGAAGCCGCAGGCUCCGCCACCGCCGCCGUUGAACAUGACAGCACCCGUGCGUCCAGGUCUGCACUCACGCUCGAUCACAUCGCCAGCGAAUCAAUUUCCCGCUACACAGCCGACCGCAAGCACAAUGCUUCCCUCGGCGCUGGCAAGUCCAGCCGAGUACGACGACGCCAUUGCGUCUGAUUCCGAGAACAGCACUCCGUUCCCGCCACUCAGCGCCACCAUCUCAAGUUCUGUCAGGACUGGCUUGACGCCGACUGGUACGGGCGGGCACAUGCCCACGAGCGCAAUCGAGUCCGUCCGUCGUGGCAUGCGCCGUCUGACUGGCGGGAAGAGCGAGAGUGCACGUGAAAAGGGCCAGGUCAAAGACGCGGCGCGACUGAGAGCGUUGAGUGGUGGAGGCGGUGGUGCUGCUGGCCUAGGGAUGGGGAAGGAUGGGGAUCUUGGGGCGCAGAGUCCACGGGUGCCAAGGGUGCCGCUGGAGUAUCUGAAUGCGAAUGCUGUUGGGAGUAACAGUGCGAGUAGCCCGGCGGGAAGUCCGGGACUUUGA